GGCCUCGUCGCUGGCCUCAGUGCUGGCCUCGUCGCUGACCUCAGUGCUGGUCUCGUCGCUGGCCUCGUUGCUGUAACCGGAGUUGUGUUCUGUGGUGCCCUCAUGGAAGCUGUGUUCGUGGUUGACCCAGAAUCGGCGAACAAACCAGAGUGGCGAGGAGUUCGAUGAACCAGAGCGAAUGGGGGGGCUAGGUUUUUCGGAAACGUUGUCGUUCUCCAUCAUCCUGAAAGCGUUGAUUAGUCGAUGUGUAUGAGUGGGUGCAUGAUGCGAGUGGGUGUUUUGGCAAGGCUCUGCUGGACUUAUAAGGACUUGAGUAAGACGCGUGUUAAGCAAUUGGCGUAUGAUCACUUAAGCACAUCGAAUAGUUCCCGUGGUAACCGGGUGUCUCUCUCGAUCGCUAUCCUUUUUCCCAUGUUUCUGCUCCUUCCCUUCCUCGGAGCCACUACGCAGGAUUACCCAUUAGUUAUCGCCCUUAUCUUCCCCUUCUUCAUCUUGUUGAGGGCGGAUACCAGCAGUAGCCGGGGAUGGCAUAGCACUUCCGUUUGUCGCAUUCGCCACGAGUGACCAAGUAUAAUUCAUUCUGCUAAAGUCAGUCCGGUACAUUAUUUCAUAG